AUGCCGGGGCGGGAGGACCUGCCAAGGGCUGUGUGGGCAUGGGAAGGAGCCACGGAGGAAUGGCAGAUACUGGGCGAGAAGCAGGAGACAGGGUUGGUGCUGGCGGAGAAGAGCCGCCGGGCAGGUGGGCUGACAGCAGCAUCACACGGCACCCAGAACACGGCCUCCAGCCCCCUCCUCCACGCACCCUACAGCCACGAAUCACCCGAGCUCUGGCCCUGCUUGGCCAGGGGGAGGCUGCUGCCUGCCGUCCAUCUGAGCGGUUACGUGGCUGCUGAUUCAGUGUUCGCCGUGUCGCCCCGGCCCUUUGCUCUUGGCAGGGGCUCCCGCUCCCCCGAAUGCCCCUUCCUGCCCUGCCCUGCCCAGGCCCUCCAGUGGGCAGGAGGGCGUGGGGCGGGGGCUAUAAAGUCGCCGCGUUCGGGGCUGGAACGUUGGGUCUUGCGCGGCGGCACCGCUGGACGCGCCGCGUUCGGGGCUGGAACGUUGGGUCUUGCGCGGCGGCACCGCUGGACGCGCCGCGUUCGGGGCUGGAACGUUGGGUCUGGCGCGGCGGCACCGCUGGUCGCGCCGCGUUCGGGGCUGGAACGUUGGAUCUGGCGCGGCGGCACCGCUGGACACGCCGCGUUCGGGGCUGGAACGUUGGGUCUGGCGCGGCGGCACCGCUGGACGCGCCGCGUUCGGGGCGCGCUGCCGGGGGGACCCCGCGUCUGGCCGGCGGGAGCAGACUGGUGGCAUUCCGGGGACUGGGAGCAGAAUCCUUCCCUCCCGCAAGGACCGCGCAGGCUCUGCUGGCUGUUCUGCCCAGCCAUGCAGUGGGUGGUGAAGCUCUACUUGCUGGGUGCGUUGCUGUCUCUGCUGUCGGUUCUCCUUGGAUUGAUGGACUCCCUGGGCGGCCUGAUGGCCCCUCAGGGCCUGGAGCAGUGCCUCUCCGGCCCAUGGACCGAACCAGAGGGCAGCCUUGCCGAGGGCCAGCCGAAGAUCCUCCAAGGGCAGGCGACGCAAAGGACUAACAAAGCCUUUGGCUCGUACCUCUGAGCUCUGUGGCGGGGGGCGGCUCUAUGAUGGCUCGACGUGGUGCUUGGACUCCGGCUUUGGCUCUUUGAGGCUGCAUUGCUGGUGUCUCCCUUCCUCUGAGAUGAAAAGCAGCGAGUUCUCAUGGGCAGGCAGCGGCUGCUGCUGCCACCAAGCUUCUGGCCUGGUACUUGGAUAACGUCCCUGCUAACAUUACGCAGAGAGCAGGGCCGCUGUGGGGCCCGGGGGCGUCCUGUGCACAAAUCCCUCUCCAGCCCGGCACCCCUACCAUGCAGAGGGGCUGCCCUUGGCGUGAAUGCUGAACCCUGAGUGCAGGGAGGGUGGUGGGGCCUGGCUCGCGGGGGCUGCCUGGAAAUGCAGUUGCACUGGGUGGUGGGGAGGGACCUGUGCAGGGUGGGUGACAUUGCAGGGGGGAUCUUGAGCUGUUUGAGGGGCUGGUAUUGCCCUAAUGAAAUGCCUCUCCAAGGGCGAUGAUGUCCUAGUCCUUCAUCCCCAGCUGCAAAGCUAGCAGCUGCUCUCCAAGGCUGGAGCCUCCUGGAGCUGCUGCGGCUGCCUGCUCACCCGUGGGGGCUGCGCUGGGGCUAGCAGAGAGGAGGCUGCAGCUGGUGUGCGCUGUGCGGGGGAGAUGGAACAAGCAGCCCUUGUUAACAUGCCUCCUGCCUGGCCUGGGGGGCCUCCCCUCCCCCUGCGGCCUGCUCAGUCCUUCCAGCUCUGAGCCAGCAAGGGAGGGAUUCUGCUGCACUAGGAGCCCCCCACUCCCUGUGCACCCCGAGCCAGGCAGCUUCCCUUCUUAGCUGCGCACGAAGCGCUGCUGCCCGGCUGUGAGGUCAGCUCUCCUGGCCCUGGGGCAGCGGCGCCUCUGGGACCUGGAGCCCUUGAGCCAUUUCCCCUGAUCCUCUUUCAGGGGGAAGAGGGGCCCCAGGGCCUUUCUGUGCAAAGGAGUCUAGCCCCCCCCCCCCCCCCCCCCCCCCGCCUGGAAGGGCUUUGAGUCUUUUCCUGCUUGCAACCGCCCCAGUGCUGUGGCUGGGCAGCCUGGGAGUGCUAGGAGCUGGGAUAUGUCCCUGCUCGCUGGAGGGGCUGUGCUGAGUGACCCACCCAGCUGCCCUGUAUCCAGGCUGUGAGCAGGUCCCACGGGGGGAGCGGGGAGAGGAGAGAGAGUUCCACCCUGCCCCAGGCUGGGAGGCACAGCGGGAGCCCUGGUCUAUACCAGGCUGCGGGUUCCCCAAUGCUGGUGUCUGCAGCCCCGGGCUGGCCGUGCUCUGGGAGCCCCUCGGCCUCCCUAGCCAGCAGCAAGAGGCCAAGGCUGCAGGGCCCACCAGAGGAUUCAGGGGUCUGGGGCAAAGCAAUUUCGGGGGCCCCUUCCAUUAAAAAAAAGCUGCAAUCCUAUAGAACACUAUAUUCUGGGGGGGCCCGGUAGGGCCUGGGGCAAGUUGCCGCACUUGCCCCCCCCCUCUGGGCAGCGCUGCAAGGCUGGGCUUUGGCUUCUGCAUCUUCACCUUCUCAAUGUGCCCAUUAAGUGCCAGCUCCCCUGUCCCUCCAGCCCUGCCUCUGGGCUGCCCUCCCGCUGGGGCCUCCUGUAGUGCAGCUCAGGGGAUCUGCUCCCCACUGCAAAUGCCUCUGCAGGGCCUGCUGCAGCUGCCUUUCCCCAUGCCUGUGGGGGAUGGGCAGGGCUGGCUGGCAGCGAGGGGCCCGGGCCCCAUUCUGGCCCACUGAGGUGGGGCAGGAGGAUCCAUUCCAAGCUCUAGUGCCUAGGAAUUCGGGCAGGGUGGGACUCUCAGCAGGCCUGGGGGUGGUUCUUUGCUUCCUGAGGAGGGGGAUAAUGUGUGGUGGUUUGGGGGGGGGGGGGGUCCUGGGCCCUUGGCCAAAGGGAAACCGGCCUGUGUCUGAAUGCUGUGCCUGCUGCUGCUCCCAAGCUUCCUGAAGCCAGGCUACUGGAACCCAGCUGGGUUACGGGGAGGCUCCCCUCCCCCCCCCCCCCCGUGUGUGUGUGUGUGGGGGGGUGGGUCUCGGCACGGGGUCAGCGCAGGGGAAGCCUGGUGUCAGGCUGCAUCCACAGAUGGUUUGUCUCUUGCCCUGCAGGGCCUGUGGCUGCAGCUGUCUGGUGCUGGGCCUGGCCCCUCUGUCCCCCCACCCUGUGCACUGGCUGAGUGCUGCUGGGGGUCCCGGCCUCUAGUUCUGUGCAAUAAAAAGGAGACGGCUUUGGA